AUAUCAUUGACCCCAGUUGUUAGAUUAGGUUAGGUAAAGCAAAUUCUGCUCCUUUCUCUCGAUCGCCCUCAUUUCAUCCCUUUCACCGUGCGCGCGCGGCGCGUGCUCGACAUCCAUUCAUCGCACAGUUGAUCGCCGUUACUACGCGGCACGCGCUACUACUAAUUUACUAUCCGUUCCGAAAAUCAAAAAACCUCGACUCUUCUCCAUAACCUACGUCGACAUUUGUGACGCGUCGUGACGCGACCGCUUUGUCUGAUUUAACCUGGCUUUGUCACUUGUCAAUUAUUACAGAGAGAUUAUGCGCUGCAAUCUGGAUCAACUACAAAAGAAAUUUAAUAUUUCUUACAUUACUCCAACAACGAAUUUGCUUGAUAUUUGAAAAAAAAAAAAAUUUCAAGGCUUUUGCAAGAUUUAAAUCCUCGUUUUCAAGGUCUCUCUCUCUCUCUCUCUUUCUCUCGGGCUUGAGCUGCCUGUGAGCAUAUCGCGGCAUCGCGUGUGUGUACAUACAUACGACGUGCAUGUGCGUGUGCAUUACCCUUACGACUCCUACGAGUUACGAGGACGAGACGAGACACUGCCACUUGCUGCCACUUGCCAGUCGUUCAGAGUUUCAAGAUGGAGAAAAAACAACGCUGCGACUGCUUUCGCGCAAAGUCGUUGUAAAUACCUGCUAUAAGCCUCAUAAGAGUACACGGCGAUUGAUCUAUGUACUAGUUUCCGCGUGAGAUCGACGAGAAAGUGUAAUGGCGAAAUCCGUGCUAAGUUCGGACACGCUGCCAAAGGCGGGUCGUGUAAACGAAGUAUGCCGCGAAUGGUUGGUACACGAGGAUGGAGCAUUGGCUUAUCGACUUCAGGAUGAAGAAAUCAAGGAACAUUAUACUGGUAACAAAACCCGUAAUGCACAAGUAAGAGAAGAUGUGCCACGAGCCAAAGUUGAGCAGGAACUGGAAGCAUUGAGAUAUCAAACUUACGUUCAACAACAGGAAGAGAGAGAUGCGCUUGUUGCGAGGCAGAUUGCACUUUCUCUGGAACGAGAGGAGAGACAGAAAGAGCGUGAAUUGCAAGAAAUGAUGAGAUUACAAUUAAGAUUGGGAGAUGAAGCUAUGCAGCAAGAAUUUGAAAGACGUAUGCAAGAAGAAAAAGAUGAGGAACUGGCAAAAAAGUUGCAACAAGAAGAAGAAAAUUACGACGAUCCGGAAGACGAGCGAAUAAUACUGGAUCAAAAAUUGGCGAUGGAGGCGCAGGAUGCUGAAUUGGCGCGAAUGCUUCAAGAUAAGGAGCGUGCAAAAGCUCGUAAAGCACGAGAGAGGGCGAGACAGAAGAAGCUAGAGCGGGAGCGUCUGCAGCAGCAGCAGCAGCAAGCAGAUGAACAGAAUCUCACAGAAUCUCAAAGACCUCAAAGACCAGACAGGCUGGACUUGAAGACUCUGUCAAACAAGAAUCGAACUCGUUAUCCUACCAAUUAUUCUCAGUAUUCGGAUCCCGAGGAAAUCCAAACGUUGGACAAUCCCAUUGACAAUGUGCGAGAAGUGGCAAAUGUCGCGGCCAUUAUAGAUCCCACUUAUAAUAUCCAUCGAGGUACUUCAAGCAGUUCGAGCAGUACAGUAAGCCCCACUUACGUUUUGCCGACGCCACCCCAGGAAUUGAUGGCAGAUGAUGUACCAUGUUACAUGCCAAUUCAAGGCCAGCGACGAAAUCAGACUCAAUCACCGUCUAACGCGCACGAGGAGAAGCACAAGCGACGAGUUAAAGACGGAUGUAAGCAUCAGUAAAAGAGACAUCAUAAAAGUUGAGAGAAAGAUCAAUAUUUUUUUAUAAAAAAAUUCGUUUCUUAUCUAUUGCCAUCAAAUAAUGAUAUAAAUUAAUGAGCAGAAUUCAUCGUAUUGAGCAAUAUUAAUGAUACAUUUAUUUUAUGUGUGUGUGUGUGUGUGUGUGUGUGUGUGUGUGCGCGCGUGCGUGUGUGCGUGUGUUUACUUUCGCGACAUGUGUGUAUGAAUUUUAGAUUUUACAAUGAUUUCUUCAUAUUAAUAGAAUGUAUUGCCAUAUGUUAUGCGAUAACGUAAACUAAUGCCAUACAUUCCACAAAAUCUAAUGUGCCUUUUAAAGGGCAUUUAAAGAAAUCUAAGAGCUUUAAUAACUUAAAAAAUUAACGAAUUACUCAUUAUCAGUAAUAAUUAUAAUUGCUGAUAUUCGAAUGGAUAGAUCGUAUUGUGCUCGAUUUUCUUUUUACAUUUCUCAGUAACUGAUAUGUCUCUCUAACACACUGGUGUAUUACAUACACGUAUAUGAAAUAUAUAAAGACUAGCUAGUGUAAAUAUGUUCAAAUUUUGGAUAUUUUUAAAUAUAGAAUAAAAGGAAAUGAUCUUAGACAAUCAGAGAACAAUUUGUAAGAGAUAUAUUUUUCAACUUGAUGCAUUUAUAUGUGACGAGAAAGCAGUGACAGUGUACAAAUAUUGAUCGACUACAAGAAUUGUUAUAGAAUCUCAUAAUUUACGUUAAUAGAUCAAAGAUGUAUAGAGCAUUAAAAUUAAAAUGCGUGAACAGAUGAAAAAUGCAGAAAUUAUAAAAACUUUUCCAAAUUAUGUUUCUAAUACGUUCAAACUAACUCUAACAAAACACGUACAUCGUACGUUUCCGCUACACAUCGUUCAACCCUACAAGGAUUGUCUAUAAUAUUAUGUUUAAUUUGUUAAUAAAUCGCAAUUGUUUAAAAUCCUUUUGUAUUUAAUAGAGUAGAAUGUAAAAAAUAAACAACACUGCCAAAGAUAACAAUAAUAAAGGCCUUUAAAAAAAGUGUUGAUAAAGAAAGUGUGUACCUAUGCACACAUUAGUGUGUGUGUGUGUGUGUGUGUGUGUAUGAGGGCGCGCGCGCGCGCGUGUAUAAAAAAAUCUAAAAUCGAGUCUUAUAUAAGCAAUGUAUUGCAGUAUUUUUUGAAUUUUGAAAUAUAACCAAGCUUCCAAAAUGCAGA